AUGGAACAAAGGAACAACGUGACUGAGUUUGUGCUCUUGGGGCUCACUCAGAGCCUCCAGGGCCAGAAAAUAUUAUUUGGCGUGUUCUUGCUGAUUUAUGUGGUGACAAUGGCAGGCAACCUACUCAUUGUCAUGACUGUGAUGCUCAGCCCAGCCUUGGAUGCCCCAAUGUACUUCUUUCUUGGCCACUUAUCAUUUAUGGAUGCCGUUUAUUCUAACACAGUUACCCCACACAUGAUGAUAGACUUACUCCAUGAGAAGAAAACCAUUUCCUUUGAAGGUUGUAUGACUCAGCUUUUUUUAGAACAUUUCUUUGGUGGUGCUGAGAUUUUGCUUGUGGUUGUCAUGGCCUAUGACCGAUAUGUAGCCAUCUGCAAACCCCUGCAUUAUCUGACCAUCAUGAGCAAAGGAGUGUGUGUUCUGUUAUUGCUACUGGCCUGGGUUGGGGGUUUUGUGCAUGCUAUACUGCAUAUCCUUUCUGUUUACAACCUUCCCUUCUGUGGCCCCAUUGUCAUCAACCACUUCAUCUGUGACAUGUACCCCUUAUUAAAACUCGCCUGCAUGGACACCUACAUUAUUGGCCUCACAGUGGUGGCCAAUGAUGGGGUGAUCUGUACGAUUAUCUUUUCACUCUUGCUCAUCUCCUAUGGGGUCAUUCUGUACUCCCUGAAGAACCUGAGUCAGGAAGGGAGGCACAAGGCCUUGUCUACCUGUGGCUCCCACAUCACCGUGGUGGUCCUUUUCUUUGUUCCUUGUAUUUUUCUGUAUGUGAGAACUCCCUGUACCUUGCCCAUUGAUAAAUGCUUGGCUGUAUUUUACACUGUCAUUACACCUCUUUUGAACCCCCUCAUCUAUACUUUGAGAAAUGCAGAGAUGAAAAAUGCCAUGAAGAAAUUUUGGAAAGGAAAAGGAAGAUGA